AAAGAACGACGCCGCACUGGCUUGUUUUUCAGAUUUUAUUGAAUUUAAUUUUACAUUCUAAUCAAUUUGUCUUACUAAUAGAAAGGAAACAAACUGAAUCAAAAUGACUACGAUAGGUCCCAAAAAAGACGGCGGACCUAAUGUGGAAUAUUUUCAAUCGCCAGAAUCAUUAGGUCAAUUCGAUCAAAUUCGUGUUUGGUUGCAGAAAAAUUGCAAAAAGCAUGUCCAGACUGACCCCCCCACUAAGGAGGGCUUGGCCCAGCUGGUCGUCCAGCUCAUCCAGUACCAGGAGAAUAAAUUGGGGAAGAAUGCAGCAGACCCACCCUUCUUGAGGCUUCCUAUGAAAGUAUUCAUGGACAUGAAACCGGGCGGUUCCCUCUGCACCGUGCUCGCUACCAUGUUCCGUUUCAAGUCGGAGCAGCGGUGGCGCAAGUUUGACUUCCAGGUCGGUAAGAACCCGUCGCGCAAAGACCUGAACGUUCAGAUGAUGAUGGAGAUUGAGUCAUCACUCGUGGCGGCUGAGGUCAUCCGCACACCCUGUGUGUAUAUCCGCCCCGAUGUGGACAAGGCAACUGCGAAUAAGGUGAAGGACAUCGUCAGCCAUCAUCAGGGUGACAUCUGCGAAGACGAAGAGGAUGCCACCCACAUAAUCUACCCGACGGUAGAUCCAUUAGAGGAGGAGUACGCGCGGCCGGUGUUCCGACGCGGCAACCACUCGCUCGUGCACUGGUACUACCUGCCCGACAGCCACGACACCUGGGCGCAGGCCGACUUGCCGGUGGACAUCCCAGAGACAGCGAAUUGGGACUGCAACCGCUCGGAGCCCUGGCGCGUUUCGGCAUCAUGGGUCCUCGACUUACCGCAGUACAACGAGUGGAUGAACGAGGAGGACUACGAGGUCGACGUCAACGGAAAAAAGAAGGUGCACAAGCUUCGCUUAUCCGUGGACGACCUGAUCCCGGGCGCGGAGAGCUCGGGCAAGGGCAAGAAGGGCAGCAAGCGCAAGCGCUCGCCCUCGCCGCCGCCGCAGAAGCACGGCAAGAGGAAGAGCCGCAUCACGAAGCGGCGCGACAACGACGCCGACGACGAAGAAGACACGGCGUCGCGUGACAACACCGACGCUGCGCCCACGCCCGACACCGAACGCUCAGCUGACAGUCAUGAUGACCAAGAGGUCGACCGCGAGCUACCAGUCGACCGCGAGCUACCGGUCUACCGCGAGCUACCAGUCGACCGCGAGCUACCGGUCUACCGCGAGCUAACGGUCUACCGCGAGCUAACGGUCGACCGCGAGCUACCAGUCGACCGCGAGCUACCGGUCUACCGCGAGCUAACGGUCGACCGCGAGCUACCAGUCGACCGCGAGCUACCGGUCUACCGCGAGCUAACGGUCGACCGCGAGCUACCAGUCGACCGCGAGCUACCGGUCUACCGCGAGCUAACGGUCGACCGCGAGCUACCAGUCGACCGCGAGCUACCGGUCUACCGCGAGCUAACGGUCGACCGCGAGCUACCAGUCGACCGCGAGCUACCGGUCUACCGCGAGCUAACGGUCGACCGCGAGCUACCAGUCGACCGCGAGCUACCGGUCUACCGCGAGCUACCAGUCGACCGCGAGCUACCGGUCUACCGCGAGCUAACGGUCUACCGCGAGCUAACGGUCGACCGCGAGCUACCAGUCGACCGCGAGCUACCGGUCUACCGCGAGCUAACGGUCGACCGCGAGCUACCAGUCGACCGCGAGCUACCGGUCUACCGCGAGCUAACGGUCGACCGCGAGCUACCGGUCUACCGCGAGCUAACGGUCGACCGCGAGCUACCAGUCGACCGCGAGCUACCGGUCUACCGCGAGCUAACGGUCGACCGCGAGCUACCAGUCGACCGCGAGCUACCGGUCUACCGCGAGCUAACGGUCGACCGCGAGCUACCAGUCGACCGCGAGCUACCGGUCUACCGCGAGCUAACGGUCGACCGCGAGCUACCGGUCUACCGCGAGCUAACGGUCGACCGCGAGCUACCAGUCGACCGCGAGCUACCGGUCUACCGCGAGCUAACGGUCGACCGCGAGCUACCAGUCGACCGCGAGCUACCGGUCUACCGCGAGCUAACGGUCGACCGCGAGCUACCAGUCGACCGCGAGCUACCGGUCUACCGCGAGCUAACGGUCGACCGCGAGCUACCAGUCGACCGCGAGCUACCGGUCUACCGCGAGCUAACGGUCGACCGCGAGCUACCAGUCGACCGCGAGCUACCGGUCUACCGCGAGCUAACGGUCGACCGCGAGCUACCAGUCGACCGCGAGCUACCGGUCUACCGCGAGCUAACGGUCUACCGCGAGCUAACGGUCGACCGCGAGCUACCAGUCGACCGCGAGCUACCGGUCUACCGCGAGCUAACGGUCGACCGCGAGCUACCAGUCGACCGCGAGCUACCGGUCGACCGCGAGCUACCGGUCGACCGCGAGCUAAAGGUCGACCGCGAAUACGAUUUUGCGCCCGCGGCUGCGCCCGAGCCGGCCGCGCCCGCUCCCACGGAAGCUCCGACCACGCCCGCGCCGCCUCUAGACGCGCACGACGACUCGCAGGGCAAGCACUCUGACUCUAACACGCAGGAGAUGAUAAUAAAGGAGGAGUUAGAAGACAACGUGACGGACCAGACGCACCACAUCGUGGUCCCGUCCUACUCGGCGUGGUUCGACUACAACUCCAUCCACACCAUCGAGAAGCGCGCCUUGCCGGAGUUCUUCAAUGCGAAGAACAAGUCUAAGACUCCGGAGAUAUACCUGGCUUACAGGAACUUCAUGAUCGACACCUACCGUCUGAACCCUACGGAGUACCUCACAAGUACCGCUUGCCGCCGCAACCUAGCGGGUGACGUUUGCGCAAUCAUGCGUGUACACGGCUUUCUUGAGCAGUGGGGCCUCAUCAACUACCAGAUCGAGGCGGAGUCUCGGCCCACGGCGAUGGGCCCGCCGCCCACGUCGCACUUCCACGUGCUGUCCGACACGCCCUCCGGCCUGCAGCCGCUCGUGGCGCGCCCGCCGCAGCCCCGCCCCGCGGAGAACGCAGCAGUGCCUAAGGUGGAGGCAGGUCUGCCCAACGGCACGGAAGCGGGCGCCGGAGCACCGCCCGCGCUCAAGCACGAGCCAGGGAUCGAACUCGGCGCCAUGCCCGGACUCAAGCUCGACCAGUACCGCGGUGGUGCCCGCGGCCGUGAAUGGACCGAACAAGAGACGCUACUCCUACUGGAAGCUUUAGAACUACACCGGGAUGACUGGAACCGCGUCGCCGCACAUGUCGGCACAAGGACGCAAGACGAGUGCAUCCUGCACUUCCUCAGAUUACCUAUUGAGGAUCCUUACUUGCACGAUGCUUCUUCAGGAGGCGUGCUAGGUCCUCUAGCGUACCAGCCUAUUCCAUUCAGCAAGAUGGGAAACCCGGUCAUGAGCACGGUGGCUUUCCUAGCCUCUGUGGUAGACCCGCGCAUCGCUUCCAAGGCCACCAGGGCUGCUAUGGACGAGUUUGCCGCCAUCAAGGACGAAGUGCCAGCAGCAAUGAUGGAGGCUCAUGUAAAAGCCGCAGGCGCGCAAGGCACCGGCGCCGCGCUGGCCGCCACCGGCAUCGCCGGCACCCAGCCCGAGGGCGAAGCCGCGCCGCCCGCCGUCGCCGCUCCCGCUGCACAACCCACAGCAGCGGAGAAGAAAGAAGGCGCCAGCGAUGUGAAGACUGAACCUAUGGAGGUGGAGGAGCCCGAGCCCAAGGUCAAAGAAGAGGCGCCCGACACGCCCGCACCCGAUGACAAGGAGGCCAAGGACUCCGCCGAACCACCGGCUGGACCCAUGGAGGUAGAGGAGCCCGAGCCCAAGGUCAAGGAGGAGGCGCCCGACACGCCCGCACCCGACGACAAGGAGGCCAAGGACUCCGCUGAACCACCGGCUGGACCUAUGGAGGUGGAGGAGCCCGAGCCCGAGGUCAAAGAGGCUAAGGACUGCCGAACCACCAGCUGGCGGUCAGUGAUGCACUGUGUUGGUGAUUCUAUUCAGCUCAGUUACAUAGUUUUGAUGAUAUUUGAUGUUGUGAAAACGUGUGGCCGGCCGGCACAAAAUACUUUGGAUGCCCCAACAACAGUGGACGCCAAGCUGCAAUCGGCGGCAGCAGCAGCCUUGGCAGCGGCCGCGGUGAAAGCCAAACACUUGGCCGGCGUGGAGGAGAGGAAGAUCAAGUCUCUAGUCGCUUUGCUGGUGGAGACUCAGAUGAAGAAGUUGGAGAUCAAGCUCAGGCAUUUCGAGGAGUUGGAGGCUACCAUGGAAAGGGAGAGAGAAGGUCUAGAAUACCAGCGGCAGCAACUCAUCCAAGAGCGGCAGCAGUUCCACCUAGAACAACUCAAGGCGGCGGAGUUCCGCGCGCGGCACCAGGCCCACCAGAGGUACACGGCUUUGAAGUUGCAAGCGGAGAGCGGGGGCGCGGCGCCGCCCGCCGGGCCCGAGCAGGCGCCGCCGGACGCGCCGCCGCCGCAGCCGCCGCACCACGCCUAGGUCACGUGGCUUAGUUCAUAAUAAUAAUGUACGUUAUUCUACACCUAGGGAACACGUCAUAAUUCUUGCAACAUACUAAGGCGAGUGAGCUUUACUUAUGUGUGCGUGUACAUGCACAUAACGUAGUGUAAUGUCUAUCAAAACUUGAAAAACGAACAGUAGCGAGCUACCACACAUGUAAAGCUCGCAUUCGUGAAUUGCAACAACUAUACUCUCAAACAAACUUUAUGUGAUAAGUGGCUUUGAUAUUGCAGCGUCAGAUUCGUAUAGAUAGACGAUAUUCACUCGUACAGUCAGCGUCAUAUAGUUGUAACACACAAACUGGCUAAAAAGUUGACAACACAAUUAUUCCAAUUGUAAUCAAGACGUGUUGCGAACUUUUUGGCUACUUUGGGUGUCAAACUUUUUGACGCUGACUGUACAUGCCAGUUUUUGACGAUAAUAGUCCA